AUGGUCUCUAUGGUCGAGGCUUCCAAUCCUGAGCACAAUGACAUGGUCAUGGACCCUGUUGUACCCAAGUCCGAACCCUUACCGGACGGCUCGAUCAGUUCGAAUGUGUCAACGCCAGAUCCUGAAGUCGAAGCCUUGACCCAAGACCCUGCGCAGACUCAGAAACGAAAGGGUGGUCGAAAACCUAUAUACGCCACUUCCGAGGAAAGGAAGCAGCGAAAUAGACAGGCUCAAGCUGCCUUUCGUGAACGUCGUACAGAAUACAUCCGACAGCUGGAGACAACUAUCAAACGCAAUGAGGAGUCCCUACAAAGCCUACAGCAGAGCCAUCGCAGCGCCGCCGAUGAAUGCUUAAUGCUGCGGUAUAAGAACUCCCUACUGGAGCGAAUCUUAUUGGAGAAAGGCAUCGAUGUUCAAGCCGAGUUAAGGCUGAAGACUGGGGCUCCUGGGGCCCAGCCCAAGGCUAACCCCAUGCCAGCCAAGCCGGCCCCAGGUCCCGGGGCGCCUCGUCCCGUCCAAAGGCACCCUGGCAUCGCUUCAAAGCCAGAUGCGUUUGCACUGGGUCAGCGUGAAGGUGCCUAUGCCGUGCCCUCGCCACAGUUCCAGGCUACACCUACUUCUCAUGUAUCCUCACCGUCGCAUGCCAAGUCGCCUGGCUUUGGCUUCCAGGGUGGCAUUUCACCCGUUGGUGUCGAUCAGCAAGGAACUGGACGUCCACAGUUGCUGCCUCAGCCUAGGGCUUUCAAUAAUCAAACGUCGCCACCAGCCAUUAGUAUGCCACAGACAGAUCCAAAUGAUUCGAAAUCACGACUUCCUCGAGGGCAACAGCAGCGGGUUGCCGCAACAUAUUACCCUUCUCCAUUCCAAAAACAUUAUGACCAACUAGAACAAGAGUACGAUGCUCAAGCCGACAUGGUAGACGAAGAUCAAGACGGCUCUGUUAAUCCUCCCUAUGGUGUAGCCGGGUUCACGCCGCAGUCAGUUGCCUCCGGCUCCCAUAAUUUGUCCGGCUUCAAUCCCCCUCCCGGCGGGGACGGAGGGCCCGGAGAUUUCGGAAAUGCGAAUCAAUUGCUGGGCCAGUAUGAACCGAUGCUAGAUAAUGAUCCGUUCGGCCUCAGUGCGAGUAUGCACUUCCCUACGCCGUUCAAUUACGAACAAGGCAACCCUCGCAAUUGA